AUGUGGAAGAAGUGCAGUCAUUUCGUCUUUGAAUACGUAGCACCGCCAAAACCUAAGGACAGAACGACGGAUAUAAAACCAGCAGAAGACAUCGUCAGACUAAAACCUCAAGAACCAACACCAGAGCCACAAAUUACAACAACAACUUCACAUGACCCACUUCGAGCGAUUGACCUCAUUUCAAAAGGUCAAUAUCCGCUUUUAGUGUCCGUGACAGCCGUUGGAGAUAGUGAUGGAGUGAUGAGGAGUAGGUGGAUGUUGUUGGUGCACUGCGCCGGUUACAGCUGGCUGAGCAACGCGAUUCAAUGCAGCGGACCUCAACUUGAGAAAUACCUCUGCCGAGCUGACAGCGUUCUGAAAUUAAUUGAAGAAGAUAGGAAGAAGUGCAAAGAAGCAAAGAGCACCGAUGACGACCGUAACGAUUUUGUCGACAAUAUUAUAAGCAACAACGCUGUCUUUUUGGCACGUAACGAUUCGAAUGUUGCAACUACCUCUGAAAACAUCAACAAUAACAACAACAAUAACAUCAAAAACAAAAACAAGAAUGGUAUCAACAAUAACAUUUUAGUGGCUAGUCUUGUUAAUGUGGAUAAAAACGAUGUUGCUCGCUUGGGUCUGUUAGUGUUGGUUCCUCUGCGUAGUAGCUGCACAUUUCAAUUGAUCAGCAGAGAACGUAUCACAAACAUGUUCUCUACUAGCAUCAACAACAUCAACAACAACAACUACAACAACAAAAUCAACAACAACUAUAUCAACAACAACUACAUCAACAACAACAACAACAACAACUACAACAUCAGCAACAACAACAUCAACAGCAAAAACAUCAGCAACAACAUCAACAACAACAAAUAUCUCAAUAGUCAGCCUAAUGUUAGCAGUACCGUCAGCGAAAACUACAAAAUGACGUCAUCAAAAGACAGCGUAUCACAUGACCAAUUCAUUUCUCCGAAGCCUAAUCGAAAGAAGCAAUACAAAACCAUUUUUGAUCUCGUCAACGAACCAGCAGCAGCAACAACAACUAACAACAUCAACAUCAUUCACAACAACAACAACAACUUAAACAGCAAAUCUUGCAACAACAUAAACAAGGGCGAAUUAGAUGACGACCUAAGCAAACAACAACUCGUCCAUUUAAUGGUUCAUUCCAGUUUAUCGCUUUCCAAAAACUCCAACACGCUCGACUUCCUCGAAAACAUAAGACCAAAAAACUACAAACGGCCCGAAAGAACAGCGCCUUCAAAAACAACACCCUACAACAACAGCAAAUCGACAGCAAAAUGUUCAACGAAACCCCUCCUUUCUGCGUCGACACCAACGUUGUCGGUGGAUCCAACUGCGUCGCUAAUGAGGCCGCCACAGACACAACCAACCACCAAAUGUGGCGCAGUCAACAACAGCAGCAACAUUACCAAAACGAAAUCCACAAAGAAGUUUACUUUGUUGAAGUGGAGAAAAUCAAAAUCGAAAACAUUGGAAGCAACAAUGGCUGCAUCGACCAACGACAUUAACGCUGACCUCAACCGUCACAGCCUCAAUAGCGAGCUUCACAAAGCCAAACUGUACGCCUACUUGAUUGACCAAACCAACAAGACUAACACAACAACUAACGAGCCACAGCAAAUAUCGCCACCACAGCAAAAAGAGCAACAACAAACACCACAGCGGCCAACGUCAGUCUCAAAUUUGCCGCCAUCGUCUACGUCACGAUUGUCUGACGUCAUGGGUUCUUUGAUGAAUCUCAGUUCUGCAGUUUUUGAUGAACAACAUAAGAACGGAAACUUCACAAAGUUUGUACCUAAUCAAAUAAAUAGAAGAUUAACUGAAAAUUUUGAUGAGAGUGGAAGAACAGACGACAGCGCCGACUUGUUAUCUAGGUCGCUUCCAUUUUCAUUGAAUCAAUAUGUUAUCAACGCGAGAGAAAGAAAGGCAAGUGCCGACACUCGCGAUGAAUCAGUACGACCAACAAGUUGUUACCUCAAUGAACAAGUCAGCCACGUUGAAAACAUGAAAAUGUUGAAGAAGAAGGUGAGAUUAGCCGGGAAAAGCCGUCACAUCCUGCAGACAGCAUGUGUUGAAGAAGACGAACAGAUGGAAGUACAUGAUGAAGAAUCUCAACCAGCAUCACCGCUCAACCUCACAUCGCCAACAGGGCAUGGGGCUAAACCUUUUGCUUUGGGUGUCAAAGCUUUGAAGGGUUGUAACGUUUCUAGUUCAGCUUAUGAUGUCAGAGGGCAACAAUUGCAUCAACCGUCACAUCAGUCGUCACAUCAACCAUCACAUCAAUCGCCACAUCAACCACCAAAUCAACCACCACACCAACCGUCACGUCAAACAUUUCAGCAGCAGCUAAAACAACUGCCUCAAAAGAGGAACAAAUUUUUCAAACUAUUUGGCAGCUUUGUCAACAUUAGCAGUGGAAACAAAGAAAAUGAUGCCAAAAAUUGUAGCAAGAAUAUCAGUAAGUGCAAAAACGUAGAAAUCGCUUUGGCUGAUUAUCCAACAGCAACCUUGUACGCUAAUGUUUCAAAAGUGCGCACGAACCCUUAUUGCAACAUCAACAGUUACUACUCUGUCAACAGUAACAACAACAACAACAACAACAACGUAAACAACAACAACAACAAAACCAAGAAAAAUGUUGACAACAGUAACAGCAGCAAAAUGUUAGAUUUUUGUAACACAGACCUCAACAGAGUUGUCCAACCCCUCUCAAAAUCCUGCUACGAUUUGAGUUACGUGCAUCGCUAUGAGAACAUCGAAUUUGACGCAGACGACAGACCCAUCGUCGAUAUGUACAGCGUUGUAAAAACUCAAAACAACAACAAAAACAGAAGCGGCAACAACAACAACAAGCCCCGCAAGAACAACAACAUCAACAGCAGCCAGAACGUCGACAACAAUCUCAAAAACACGGGCAACAAAUGUAGAUAUAGCUCAGAGCUAUCAGAUUACUCGAGCUUCAACAAAAACGAAUUCACUCCGACAUCAACAAUCAACAACAACAACGGGAACUACAUCAUCAACAACAACAACAACAACAAACACAGCAACAAAACAACAACUAACCUCAACACUAACAUCAACAAAUCAGUUUUCAGCGUAAACAAACUACCAGAAUCUCAAAAUUGCCACAAAUAUCAAGAAGAUGACGCGGGAUAUCGCUCGAAAGAUGGCAGUCGGGAUUUUUUAAACUGUUCGCUUGAGUGGAUAGACAAACUUGAGAACGUGCCGGCUGGUAGCUCAGUGGAUAGGAGGGUUAUUGCAUACUUGUAAGGAGUUUGAGAAGUAGGAGGUUCAAUCUCGUGGAAAGAAAUUAUGAGAAUAAUGUUUGACUGCUGCUACAACCGCCACGAAUUUUUUGUUUCUGUUAUCUUUAAUAUUGAGUUCGUUAUUUUCGACUGAGUUUCAUUGCAUUCUUAUUAAUAUUGCUGCUACUUUCACCAUCAUUAUAUUUUCAUUUUCAUUGUGAGAUUGUUUUUACUAUUAAUUUCGUUCGAAUGCCAUUCUGUUUUAUUAACGCUGGCCGUUAGGUGUUAUUUAGUAAGCCGAUGAUUGAAUGUUGUUAGGUGCAUAUAUUACGUUUAGUUACUUCAAUAUUUUCAUUUUGACUACUUACCAUCACGUCUUGUUAUUACAAUUAGACUGUUUAAACAACACAAAUAAAUAUUUGAAUUAAACUA